AUGUCACCACAUCUAUUCGACUCGACAACAACCCCAGAUCCAACAACGCAAAACAUUGUGAGCACUACAACUGAAUUGGGAAUUUGGUAUGACAACUAUUUGAGAAUCCACCGUGUGGUCUUUGGUGUUGUACUCCAGGAAUCUGUGCCGCGGAAGGCGGCUUUGAUCUUCAUGAGCGUUCCUGUGAGUCCAGGCAAUAGUAGAUACAUUUGGGCCUUCCCAAGGAACUUCGAUAUUUGGGUGGACAAAGUUUUACCUAGAUGGAUGGCUCACAUGGCAACAAACAUAAUCUUGGAUUCCGACUUGUAUCUUCUUCAUGUCGAGGUGACCUUCUCAACUUUGGAACGCAAAAUCAAGGAAAUGGGGCCUAAGAAUUGGCAGAAGGCAUGUUUUUUGCCGAUCAAGUCGGAUGCUCUAGUGGUUGGUUUCAGAAAUUGGUUCAGCAAAUAUGGCGAUGGCAAAAUUGACUGGAAAGGCAAGUACACUGAUGAUCUUCCUCCAACCCCACCAAGAGAACAACUCAUGGACAGGUACUGGACCCAUGUGGUUAACUGUAGCAGUUGCAAUGGUGCAUACAAGGCUUUGAAUGCUACUGAAACGAUCAUUAAGGUCGUUUCCGUUGGAUUAAUCGGCAUUGUUGCAGCAACUACGCAAGGGAUGCUGUCAGCUGCUGCGAGAACUAAGCUUGCAGUCUUGGCUACAGUAUGCUAUGUAACUUCAAGAUGGUUGGCUCAUUUCAUUUAUAACAACUUUCGCUACCAUGAUUACAGCCACUCGAGCCCUGAAAAGGUGAUGCUUCUUGUUCGAAUUUGGAAGGCAGGCCUUUCUUAA